UAUUUACAGAGAACAUGUUGAAGCUAAGAUGGGGGAAAUUAUUCGUCAGUUCAUACAAGCAAACUCCUAGGCUUUAUCAUACUUCCUUCAGUACAGACGACAAGGAUAAAGGCUACCAUAUGUUGGGAUAUGUUAAUGCUGCCAGCUGUAUCAUAAAUGGAAGACCAAACUUUAAAUUCCCUCCACAUUAUAAUAUAGAUCUGGACAGCUUCUUUACAGGUGCCCGGAAGGCGGUUGAAUCGAUUAGUACGAGUUUAAGCCGAAGAAAUAUAUCUGAAUUAAGCUCCUUGGUUAGUUCCCCCUGCCUAGACAAUAUCAGGCAGCGUAUAUUCGAGGAGAUGACAGUGGACCAGAUUAAACAAAUACAAAUUAAUGCUGAGGAUAUAUUUCUUCAAUAUAUAGAAUCUGCUCAAAUACAAGACGACCAUGUUAGGAUUGUUUUAAUCUCCUUCUCUCUACCUCUACUGAACCAGUGCAAAAUAAAUCACUUAAACAUGAAAAAGUUCCAAACAAAUAUUCACAACAAAGCAAAAAAAUCAGAUGGUAUACUGAAACGGGAAGAUUUAAACGCUAAAGAAUUACGAGAAUUAGUGGAUUCAUUAGAAAACUUAAAUAUGGAUAAACUAGCCAAAGAGGGAAGUAUUCUAGUAUCCAGUUAUACCUUUGAACGUCCAGAGAACUCUGAUGUUUGGUCCGUUGUUUCCAUAUCACAUAAAGAUUCUGCAGAAAUGUGGAGUCGUCUACGCAGAAUGAUUUGGAAAGGUCGUGUACACAUCUCUGUAAAGUUUGACCGGGAUUUCUACGAUAUCAUCCGGUUUGAUUACGCCAUUGAUCUGUUAGCAGUUCUGGCUCUGGUCUAUCUACAGCUCCUUGCACUGGUUCUAGGUUACAAGAUGGAGAAGGAGAUCGAAAGAAGGAAUAGGAUGGAGGCAGACCAGAUCAUGAAGGACAACAAAGAGGAGGAUCUUAACUAAAUGGUUUAUGUGAAAUAAACUAGAUGAAAAAAUGCU